AUGUCUACCAAUGAGAAACAGCUAACCCCGCCUUUUACUGUUGAGGCUGGGCCUGGGACUGACAUCUGGCGAAAACCUGGGCAUAACGCGUGGAACAUUCCUGAUGUCCAUACCGUCUCGGGCCCACUCAAGUCCUUUGUUUCUGCUCGUGUCACCUUCUCUGCUAAGUGGGAGAACCUCUACGACCAGUCCGGCAUCGUCCUUGUGCCACGCAAGGCAUCUGACCCCGCAGCUCCUCACAGCAAGUGGAUCAAGUCGGGUAUUGAGCUUUACGCUGGAAAGCCUCACUUGAGCACUGUCGCUUGUGACAGGUUUGCCGAUAUGAGUCUGUACCCUGUGACAGCCCAAGAAGGUCAACGCAUUACGCUCGAAGUAGCCAAGGAAGGUGGAAACGUUUGGGUCCAUCAGCUCAUUCUGGAUGACGAUGGAAGUAUCAAGGAACGAUUGCCACUCAGGGAGAUUUGUUGGAUUCUUUGCGAGGAGCAGGAUGACUGGGUCUUGGACGUAAGCGCCUUGGCAGCCAGACCGGACAAGACUGCGAAGGGUCCUCUGAAGGUUGAAUUUAGUGACUUCCAGGUGAAGUGGAAAGAGUAA